AUGGGCGGGGAGCUGGUGACUGGCCUGGGGGCCCUGAGACGGAGAAAGCGCCUGCUGGAGCAGGAGAGAAGGGUGGCUGGCUGGGCGUUGGUGCUGGCGGGAACUGGCAUCGGACUCAUGGUUCUGCAUGCGGAGAUGUUGUGGUUCCUGGGCUGCAAGUGGGUGCUGUACCUGCUCCUGGUUAAGUGUCUGAUCACCCUGUCCACUGCCUUCCUCCUUUGUCUAAUUGUGGUCUUCCAUGCCAAGGAGGUCCAGCUGUUCAUGACUGACAACGGGCUCCGAGACUGGCGCGUGGCGCUGACCCGGCGGCAGGUGGCGCAGAUCCUGCUAGAGCUGUUGGUGUGCGGGGUGCACCCGGUGCCCCUACGGAGCCCGCACUGCGCCCUGGUAGGGGAGGCCACGGACGCGCAGCCCUGGCCGGGCUUCCUGGGCGAAGGCGAGGCGUUGUUGUCCCUGGCCAUGCUCCUACGUCUCUACCUGGUGCCCCGCGCGGUGCUGUUGCGCAGCGGGGUCCUGCUCAACGCGUCCUACCGCAGCAUCGGGGCGCUCAACCAAGUCCGCUUCCGCCACUGGUUCGUGGCCAAGCUGUACAUGAACACGCACCCGGGUCGCCUGCUGCUGGGUCUCACGCUGGGCCUCUGGCUCACCACAGCUUGGGUGCUGUCUGUGGCUGAGAGGCAGGCUGUCAAUGCCACGGGGCACCUCACAGACACACUGUGGCUGAUUCCGAUCACAUUCCUGACCAUUGGCUAUGGGGACGUGGUACCUGGCACCAUGUGGGGCAAGAUUGUCUGCCUGUGCACCGGAGUCAUGGGAGUCUGCUGCACCGCUCUCCUGGUGGCUGUGGUGGCUCGGAAGCUGGAGUUCAACAAGGCGGAGAAACACGUGCACAACUUCAUGAUGGACAUCCAUUAUGCCAAAGAGAUGAAGGAGUCAGCGGCGCGGCUGCUGCAGGAAGCCUGGAUGUACUACAAGCACACUCGAAGGAAGGACUCCCGAGCUUCCCGCAGACAUCAGCGCAAGCUGCUGGCCGCCAUCCACACGUUCCGCCAGGUACGGCUGAAACACCGGAAGCUCCGGGAACAAGUGAAUUCCAUGGUGGACAUCUCCAAGAUGCACAUGAUCCUGUGCGACCUGCAGCUGGGUCUCAGCACCUCGCACCGUGCCCUGGAGAAGAGAAUCGACGGGCUGGCAGGAAAGCUGGAUGCCCUGACAGCGCUGCUGGGCACUGCCCUGCAGCAACAGCAGCUACCAGAACCCAGCCAGGAGGCCACAUAGCUGGACCCACAGAAGAAUCAGGCUAUGUACCCAAGGACUGAGCUCCAGGACAUGCUCCCUGCCAAUUCCGACGAAGCCCC